AUCUGUCAAAAUUUUCAUCAAAACAGUGCACAUUCCGGAAAGGAUUGCGGAUUUUUUCGACUGAUUUAUCGGAAGUUUUCGCGGCGCUAUCGUCCAAAAUGUGGUUUGAAAUCCUGCCCUCGUUCGGCAUCAUCACCGUCAUCCUGUCGGUACCCGGCUUCGCCAUGUACGGACUGAAUAAACUCACCCUGGAUAAUGCCUACCGUCGUAACACCGAUGAAAGAUGGUCCCGAAUCAUGUACACCCGGGAUAUGCGUCUCACCGGAAGCCCCUACAAAAGCAAUGGUCUGGAAUCCAUCCCGGAUAAAUAGGUGAUUGAUGAUUUGUUACAUAGAUAAUAUCUGAAUAUAAAUCGCUGGGAAUAA